AUGGCUACCGAAAUAAAAUGCAAAGAAUUAAUAAAGAAACGCGCUUCAAUUAAGGCGAAGCUUACACAGUUUAUUGCUUAUUUAAAUACUGCUAAAACUUGCGAACGACUUAGUGAUUCGCAGUUAGUGGAAUUAGACAUGCGCAUUAAAAAAUUAGAUGAUUCGUACAAUUCUUUUGAUAAUUACCAGAGCGAAUUGGAGAUGCUGGUUGAGGAUCCUGCUGAGCAGUAUGCUGAGCGCGAGCUGUUCGAGCGGUCUUACUACAAAGAGAUUGCCGCCGCUCGGGAGCUGGUGGACAGGCAUCGCAGCCAACACGCCAAGGAGGUUCAAUCCGAGGUAGGCUCCAAUGAAUGCCCAACGGUAGUGUCUAAUAAACACGGUAAUGUAAGGUUGCCAAAAAUCAAUUUACCACAUUUCAGCGGCGGCUAUCAGAAUUGGCUGGAGUUUAAAGACAUUUAUGUUUCCUUAAUUCAUACUGAGACAAGUAUCGACAACAUAAACAAGUUUCACUACCUGCGCGCCUCUCUUCAUGGAAGCGCGGCCUUGGUGAUUAGGAGUUUAGACUUUAAGGGCGAUAACUACGAUGCCGCUUGGAAGCUCCUUUGUGAACGAUACGACAAUAAACAGUUGCUUGUCAACAAUCACGUCCAGGCACUGUUUAAUGUUGAGCAAGUGCAUAAAGAGUCCAGCGUGGCGUUGCGACAGAUUGUUGACAACACAAAAAAGAAUUUAAAUGCUUUAGCGACUCUUGACCAGCCAGUACAACACUGGGAUACAUUAAUUAUCCACAUCAUGGCUGCCAAAUUAGACGGAGUCACAAGCAGGGAAUGGGAGGAACAUAGGAAUCAGCUGACCAACCCUCCUGCACUCAGUGAUUUCAUAACCUUUCUUAGCAAUAGAUGCAAUCUUUUGGAAACCUUAGAAGAAGCCAAACAUAAUAGGGCUAGGACGGACACGUUCGGCAACAACAAAUCAAAAAGCCUUGUGGCUUCAACAAGUAACGUCAGUAAGCCUAAAACUUAUAACAUAACUUGCCCCUUAUGUAAUAAAGCUCACUACGUCUUUAACUGCGACACUUUCAGGGCUUUGCCAGUGGAGCAACGGAUGCUCAAGGCCAAGGAGUUUAAAGUGUGCCUAAACUGCUUACGCCCCGGGCAUAACGAGGGUAAGUGCAAACUUAGUCACUGCAAAUAUUGCAAGACCAAGCACAACACACUUCUUCACGUCCAUGCUGAACCUAAUAGGGCCACGUCAGAGCACAUAGCCUUUUCUGCGAAUGCCCACGAUGAUGACGAGUCCGAACACGUCUUGCUUUCAACAGCCCUAGUCAAUGUACGCGAUAGUGGCGGUAAAUUGCAUAGCGUUAGGGUCUUAUUAGAUAACGGCAGUACAUCUAACUAUAUAACUCAGGACUUAGCUGAGAGGCUUAAACUGCCACUUAAAAAUAAAAAUUCAACUGUCACCAUGCUUGAAAAGCAUGAAUCAAAUAUAACCCAGUCAUGCUCUCUUAAAUUGGAGUCUUCCGAUGGAGGUUUUAGCACUGACAUAAAGUGCAGCAUAUUGUCCGAUAUUACGUCACCAAUACCUCAUACUUACAUUGACGUAACGAACAUACCUAUGCCUUCGGGAAUUCGACUCGCCGAUCCUUCAUACACCGAACCUGCUGACAUUGAAAUUCUUCUUGGGGCUAAGAUGUUCUGGAGAGUUCUCGGCAGUAAUCGCAUCAUGUUUGGCGAAGACGAUCCCUUCCUCGUAGAGACAAAGCUAGGUUGGCUCUUAGUAGGCGCCAUAGAUCAACCUACCUCUGUCAAACCAGUUUGCUUGUUCGUGAAUGACAAGCAAACUGACUCGUCUCUUACAAAGUUUUGGGAGCUUGAUACUAUAUCCCCAAAACAUGAUUUCACACCGGACGAAAACGUAUGUGAAGAGCUCUUCAAUAAAACCACCAAGAGAGAUGAAGAUGGGCGCUUCGUAGUCACUGUUCCUCUUAAGGAGUCUCCCGAUGUCUUAGGAGACUCAUUUGGAAUGGCCAAGCGUAGGUUUUUAUCGCUCGAACGUAGGUUAGAUAGGGAUUCUGUAUUAAAGGAACGUUACGUAAAGUUCAUGGAGGAAUAUGAGGUUUUGGGUCACAUGAGUGAAAUUCUGCCUUGCAGUUCAUUGCCGUCAUAUUAUUUGCCCCACCACGCCGUAUUAAGAGAGUCUAGCACGACUACUAAGCUUCGGGUGGUCUUCGACGCGUCAGCUGCCACUACGUCGGGGAAAUCGUUUAACGACAUCCAACUUAUUGGACCUCGGGUUCAGGAAGACUUAUUUUCCAUCUUACUACGGUUUCGCCAACAUAAAUAUGUAGUGUCAGCUGACAUCGAAAAAAUGUACCGGCAAAUCCUUGUGGACAAUGAUCAACGUCAACUUCAGUUGAUCUUAUGGAGGGCAGACCCAUCUAAGCCGCUUAAAAUUUAUUCUCUUAACACCGUGACUUACGGGACGUCAUCUGCUCCUUUUCUUAGCACACGGUGCCUCUUGCAGCUCUCACAAGAGUCUAGUCACAAACAAACACAGGACGCCAUCGCUAGGGACUUUUAUGUAGAUGAUUUCCUGUCUGGCUCUAAUUCUGUAGAAGAGUCUGUGGCACUGUGUCGUAAUGUAACAGAUACGCUUAAAACUGCCCAACUUCACUUGCGUAAAUGGCAGUCUAAUAAAAAGGAGAUUCUUCAGGCUGUUGGUGAGGAUCCAUGUCAAAAAGAAUGUGUAGAUUUCAGCGAGAACGAGCUGUCUAAAACAUUGGGUCUUAAUUGGAAAUGCGCUCAAGACAGUCUUACGUUUCGCAUAGACAUCUCGUUGCCAAAGGUAGUUACUAAAAGACACAUUCUUUCAGCCAUAGCCCAAAUCUUCGACCCUCUAGGAUUAGUAACGCCUUGUAUAGUGCAAGCAAAAAUAUUAAUGCAGAAACUGUGGGUGAACAAAUGCUCCUGGGAUGAUCCUCUUACAGGAGACAUACUUACAUCCUGGGAACAUUUCGUAAAAUCUCUGCCUUAUCUUAAUCAUAUUCAUAUACCUCGCUGGGUCAUAUGCGAUACUCCUACGGCUGUUGAUUUUCACGUUUUCACUGAUGCCUCGGAGAAAGCAUACGGAGCUUGCCUGUACGUCCGCUCCGUGGCCGGGGAUGGCUCAGUGAGUGUUCAUCUACUAGCGUCUAAAAGUAAAGUUGCGCCAAUUAAGGCCACAACUAUACCUCGUCUUGAGCUUUGCGGGGCCUUAUUAGGUGCAAGACUAUAUAAAAAGGUUCUUGAGUCACUUACCCAGAGACCAGAUCAUUGCGUGUUUUGGUGUGACUCGAUGAUAGUCAUGGGUUGGUUAUCGUCAUCACCUUCUUCAUUGCGUCCUUUCGUAAAAAACCGGACAUCAGAGAUCCAGGAAAGCACCAAUGCCGCUAGUUGGCGCUACGUGCCCUCAAAAGAGAAUCCUGCAGAUCUGGUGUCUCGAGGUUUAGGUGCCGACCUCAUAAUGAACUGUUCGUUAUGGUGGUCGGGGCCAUCCUUCUUGAAGCAGGACAUGGCCUACUGGCCGACUGCUCCAAGAUCUGCAUCCAAGGCACUUCAUUUGGAGCUUGUUUCGGAUUUAACCAAAGAGGCUUUUAUGGCCGCUCUAAACCGAUUUAUUGGCCGUCGUGGCAAGCCAAGAGUAAUAUUCUCCGAUAACGGCACGACCUUUGUUGGCACUUUCAAUGAGCUCUCCAAUCUUUUGAAACAAGACUUUGCGAAAGAUAUGGCUGACGCUCAUAUCAACUUCUCGUUCAUCCCAGCAUACACACCUCACUUCGGAGGUAUUUGGGAAUCUGCUGUAAAGUCGGUAAAGUACCACCUGCGACGAACCUUAGGUCUUACACAUCUCACUUACGAGCUAUUGGCAACGUGCUUAGUUAAGAUCGAAGCGAUUUUAAACUCACGUCCUCUUACGCCACUUUCUAAUGAUCCCUCUGAUCUAACCUUCUUAAGCCCAGCUCACCUUUUAAUUGGAAGGCCCCUCACGUCCUUGCCUUAUCCUCAUGUCAUGGACCGGAAGAUCACCUCACUUCAAAGGUACCAACGUAUUGAGUUCCUGAAACAGCACUUCUGGAAUCGGUUCUCCAAUGAAUAUGUAAGCAGCCUGCAACAGAGAACCAAAUGGCAGAGCUCAAAGGGCACACUUCACGUCGGAACCAUGGUCGUCAUCAAGGACAAAACCUUACCGCCUCUUAUGUGGCUCCUUGGCCGCAUCAUCCAAGUGCUGCCUGGCAGAGAUGGCAUCGCACGAGUAGCCGACAUAAAGACGAAGAAGGGAGUAAUUCGUCGAGCCUUCAACACGAUUUGCCCUCUGCCCAUCCAAGACCUUGAAGACCCAAGCUCUUCAACGCCGGGAGUACAUGUUGGCGACAGAUCCGCCGACACCUCGAAUUAA